AUGAUUGAUUUAUGUCUAUCGACUAAAUCUUAUCACAUUCAAUUGAAUGAUGUAGAUUUAAAUUCAUGUAAUAACGAGAAUUAUAUUUUUGAUAUACUUUCAUUUAAUAUUUGGACGGACUAUUUGGAAAUACCCGGUUUUUUCGAUUGUUCAUUAUCGUUUAAUCUCAAACAAAAUUAUUCUGCCGUACAUUCGACGUAUUCGAUUCAACUCGAUCGAAAAUUAGGGCCACUAUGGAUGCCUAUUCCGUGUAUAACUGAUAAUUGUUCCGAACAAUCUUUAUGUACACUAAUGAAAAAUUCAUGUAGUUCAAAAAAAUCUUGCAGUACUAAUUGCCAAUUAUCAUCCGGAAGUCAUACACUGGAAAAUAUUCGUAUUCAAUUGAAAUCAACAUUAUUGGAACAUGAAAUAUUUACUAAUGGACAAUAUAGAUUCAAAAUUAAAUUUUAUGAUCAUAAAAAAAAGCCGAUCGGAUGUCUUACUGGUUAUUUAACACUACGACAAAACGACUAUUUGUUAUAA